CGGAGCUAUAAAUACAGGACGCAGCAACAUCUGCACUCACAGCGAGGCGUGGCCAGUCAGAGAACAGGUGGACCAGCUGCAGGAUACUUUCAUCUCCUCCACGUUAACGACACAAAACAAGAUGCCAAAGUGCCCAAAGUGCCAGAAGGAGGUUUACUUCGCUGAGAGGGUGACAUCACUGGGAAAGGACUGGCACAGGCCGUGUCUGAAAUGCGAGAAGUGCAGCAAGACGCUGUCACCCGGCUCACAUGCAGAGCAUAACGGAAAGCCAUACUGUCACAAGCCCUGCUACGGUGCAUUGUUUGGACCUGGAGGAUAUGGACAUGGCGGAACUGAAAGUCACACAUAUAAAUAGACAGGUUCAGGGGCCCUGAAGUAAAAAAAAAUGUUGCCUUGAAACUAGAUGGAAGCUUGCUCAGAAGUCACAAUAAAAAACCAACUGUGCUCGCAUCCAGAGGAAACAUUUUGUGCGCCUGUGCUUUUAUUUUAUGGACUCGAAUUGUUUUUCUGAUUUUGUAUUCCCACUAUGAAGUGGUUGUACUCAAAUGUCGUCAUGAUAUUAAAGUGGACAGUCUGAUUAAACGCUUUGUAAAACCUGU